AUGACAUCCACGUCUCAGCAAACCUCUGCAAAUCGUUCGAACCCUGCUUCUGCAUCCGCUGCAGGCGCACAACCUCCAAACUCCGCGACCGGAUCGAAUUUGGCUGCUCAAGGCCGAACCUCGUUUCCAUCCGCCGGCAAACCUCCCUCUUCUUCCACACCAAAUGCAUCGGAGCCCAACAACAUGUCUGCAGCAGUUGGAGGCGCUCCGCCCACACACGGUCAUAGCGAGUCUGUGAACGGAAGAAAUCCCACCAUCCCUGCUAUCCCUUCGGUCAAUGGCAGCGUUUCCCUCCCCGACCAUACGCGCAAACCUUCCAUGACAGUCACACCGGCAGGCGCCACAGGUUUCACGACCAGAAGUGGUUCGCAGAACAAACCUGGUAUUCAGUUUGGAUCGUUGGACGGGCCCAAUCCCUCCGCAUCUCCUGCAAUGGGCACACCCCCUUCGUUGGCGCACGAGAACACAUCCAGUCUCAGCGUCAAUCAGCCAAACCCUCGGGCAACUUCUCCCUCCAGCUCUCCUUCUCCGAUCCCUCAACCGGUUUCUGCCAGUGGCGGCCGGCCUCCAUCGUCAUUCCAAGGACAAGGAAAUGGGUUGUCCUUUGGACAGCUAGAUCCAAAUGAUCCAAGUGGUUUGGCUCGACCAAUGUCUCAAAUGCAGUUCGGACCGCAGCAAGAACACAUGAGACGCGGCUCGUCACAAUCGAUUCACAGUGAUGUUGGCGGCCCUGGUCUUCCCACAGGUCCGGGCCGCGGUGGGUAUCAGGCCGGCCGAGGCAGAGGCUAUCAUUCAUCCUUCCAACAGUCUGUGAACCCGUCGUUCCGCCCUCCCACCAACGGCCGCGCAAUGCAAGGCGGGUAUCAGAACCGAGGUCAACCGAUGCCAUACCAAGGCUCCCCAGCCAUGGGUACCCGAAGCCCGGCACUUGUGAACGCCACCCCUGGAACCCCGAACAUGGCCCCGAUGCACGUGGUGCCCGGAAUGCAAGGACAGCCAAAUGGAUAUUAUAUGGGACCCCAACAUGUAAAGCACCACCACCCGCAAGUUUUUUCUUCCCGUGAUAGUGCGAGAGACAGAGGCAAACCUACGAGAGGUCGAAGUCGCGGCAAUCGUCAAGCUGCUCGCGGCAGAGGCCCUGGUAGAGGUGGACAUGAGGAAGGACCCUUCUACAGCAGAGAUCCCGCCUCAGACCACUAUCGCCCUGAUCUUGCGAACCCUCGUGUUGUUUCAAGCGCUCCCAAAAAUUUCCCUUGUCCAGAUCUUUCUCCCGAGAGUGGCAAUUUUGAACAUUUUCUGACUGCGAGAGCACAGGCCUUUGGUAUCGCUACCCAAGCUGAUCCCAGUAUCCAAAUGUUGUAUAAUCAACAGUAUUAUGGACAACCUGGGCUGCAGGGUCAAUACCCUCCUCAAUACAUGCCACCGCAGUCCCCCCGCCCUCCCUUUCAACAGCAUGCCUUUGCACCCAGCAUGCAACACGGUUACAGUAACCAGGGCGCAAUCCCUCCGUCCAUGUCCCGACAGUCCUCCCAGAUGUCUGCCCCUGAUCGUCCGGCUUCGAGCGUUGGGCAGCAGCCACAAACACCUGUGCCGUCUGGUGCUUCCCACAACAGCGCUCGCACGCCAACCACGUCUGCGCAGAAAUCUAGUUACACAAUACCGCCGAAGAAGAGUGCAGCCAUCAUCAUCAAGAAUAGUGCGGGUGAAGUGGUCUCGUUCAACAAACCACCUGCGUCUCCGGCCAGCGCCACUCCGGCCACAGCCCCUGCACCUCCACCAGUGUCUACUCCUACUCCCCCUAGUCGCACGGCAAGUGCGGCCGAUACUGCUCAUGGGCGUACCGAUAGUGUCAACACCAAAUCAGCGGAAGAGGCAAAGAAAUCCAUGCAAGAGGCCAUUGCGAAGAAGAUUGCCGAGGACGAGGCGAAGCAAAAGCUGGAGAAAGAACUAGCCGAGAAAGAACAGAUGGAUCAAGAGUCCGCCCAGGCCACUGAACGCGAGGCCGCCGAGGCCAAAGCCAGAGCGGAAGCGUUGGAAAAGGAAGCCAAAGAAGCCGAGGCUAAGAAGGCUACCGAAGAUGCCAAAGAGGUCGAAGCUAAGAAGGCAGCCGAAGAUGCCAAAGAAGUCGAAGCUAAGAAGGCAGCCGAAGAUGCCAAAGAAGUCGAAGCUAAGAAGGCAGCCGAAGAAGCCAAAGAGGCCGAAGCUACGAAGAAAGCUGAAGAGGACAAGGCCAACGAAACACCUGCUGCUCCUGCGAAGCCGGAAGAGGAAGAAAUCGAUUUCGACGCCAUCGAGGCUGAGAUGGCCGCCCGGGAGGCCGAGGAAGCGAAGCGUGAGGAAGAAUACAACAAGAAGAAAGCUGCAGAACUCGAGGCCAAGCGAAAGAAGGAGCAAGAAGAAGCCGCCGCUUACGAAGCCAACAUGAAAGAAUUGGAACGCAAGGCUGAAGAGGCAGAAUUGGCACGGGAAAAGGAGAAGGCCGAAAAGGGUACCGAAGAUGACGCCAGCAAGAAGCUCUUCGCUGAGCUCAAGGCGAAUUCUUUUGGUACACCGGCGUCGGUUGAGAGUCCCGCCGCCCAAACCCCUGCUGAAAGUGGCACUGCGACUCCGGUUUCUGAUGUCUCCAUGCCCCCUCCGGCCAAGGCUCCCGCCAAACGCGGCAAGGCUGCUGAACUCACUCUUGACACCAAGAAGCCGGUUGAGCCACCAGAGCCGAGUGCAACUUUGAAAGCUUUGCAGUCUGCCAAAAAGCUGGAUGACCUUUCCAAAAUCACAUAUCCCUCCGAAAUCGCGUCGCCGAAUCCUGCUCUCAACGCCAGCGCACCUGCUGAUCGCAAGUUCAAAUACAACAAAGAGUUCUUGCUUCAAUUCCAGAGCGUGUUCAAGGAGAAGCCAACGCUCGACUGGGAUGCUCGCAUCCGAGACGCCUUGGGCGAUGGGGACUCUUCCGCCCGGCCAAGUGCGUCUGCAAGAACGCCUUCAGGCAUGGGUGGCCGCAGUACUUCCUCUCGAGGCCCUGCAGCUAUGAACCAGUUCGGUCCCAUGGGCAGCUUUGGUGGCGCACGUGCCGCCGCCGCUCUCCCACCUGGCACCACAUCCGAGCAACGAUUUGCUGCCUCCAAUGCCGCUAUGAGGAGUGGCGCUGUCGCGACCAACCCCUUUGCUCAGUUUGGUCGUCCUGGUCAAGUGGCUCCUGCCAUGGGCCGAACUCCCUCCAACAACCCUCUCGGUCCCAUUCCUGGGUCUCCACGUGUCGGCGGCACGAGCCGGGGUGGUUCUCGCGCGGAAAGCAAGCGAGGAAAGCAGGGUGGCAUGCAUCAUGGCGGAGACAACAAAUCAAUGCCUCUUACCGCCGGCAUGAACAUCGGUUCACUCGAAACGUCCUCUACUGGGUGGAAGCCUCGUAGUGUCGGCCAGAACAUGGCAACCGGACCUGCACUUGGCGGUGAAGGGUUGAUGGAGCCAGAUGUGGUGCAGCGUAAGGUCAAGGCUGCACUCAACAAGAUGACACCGGAAAAGUUCACCAAGAUCUCCGACCAAAUCUUGGAGAUUGCAGCUCAAUCGAAGCACGAAAGCGAUGGCCGCACAUUACGCCAGGUCAUCCAGCUCACUUUCGAGAAGGCUACCGACGAGGCUCAUUGGGCUCCGAUGUACGCCGCCUUCUGCAGAAGAAUGUUAGAGAGCAUGAGCCCUGAUAUCCGAGAUGAAGGAAUCAAGGACAAGAACGGCAACGUCGUCACCGGUGGUAACCUGUUCAGAAAAUACCUGCUCAAUCGCUGUCAAGAAGAGUUUGAGCGCGGCUGGAAGGUCAAUCUUCCCCCUCAACCCGAAGGCCAGACCGAAGAAGCUGUGAUGUUAUCUGACGAGUACUAUAUCGCCGCCGCAGCCAAGCGACGCGGCUUGGGUCUCGUCCGAUUCAUCGGUGAGCUUUUCAAGCUGUCUAUGUUGACGGAACGCAUCAUGCAUGAAUGUGUCAAGAAGCUUGUUGAUUAUGACGGAACGCCCGAAGAAGCAGAGGUGGAAAGCUUGACCAGUUUGUUGCGCACCGUUGGCAAACAACUUGACAACCCGGAGAGCAAAGCUCAAGGCCGCAUGGACGUCUACUUUGACCGGAUCAACGCCAUGAUUGCCCUGCCCGACCUCCCGAGUCGUCUGCGGUUCAUGCUGAUGGACAUUGUCGAUCUUCGAGCGAAGGGUUGGGUGUCGAAGGAAAGUGACAAAGGUCCCAAGACCAUCCAAGAGAUUCGUGAAGAAGCUGAACGCCAGGCUCGCGAGGACGAGCUCAGAAGACUGGCCACUCAAGGAAACCGGGGCGGUGGUGGCAGAAUGCCCAUGGGCCGUGGUGAUGCCCGAAGCUUUAGCGGUUAUGGACAGGUCCCUCCGCCAGACAACUCCAACCGCGUGGGCACCGACGACCUGCGAAGACUGGGCAAUCGCAACACGCGCAAUCCUAGCCACACUGGCACCGGGUCAUUGGGACCUCCCAGUAUGCUAGGCGCACGCACCAACAGUGGUCGGCGAGGACUUGGUCCUGGUGGAUUGCUCAGUCGAGGAGAUGACAGUAACGCCAGCAGCCGUACCGGCACACCUCCUGCCCAGAAGGAGAAGGAGAAGAAGGAUGAAUCCAGCACGAAUGCUUUCAGUGCUCUCGCCGCUCUGGAAAAUGAUGCACCAGGCUCGCCGCCGUCCAAUCCCGCAUCACCCCCCACGCAAAAGUCGCAGCCGAACAUCGAACGAGAACGGUCACGAUCACCGGCCAAAGCUGCCGAAUGA